ACUGAAAACCCAACCCCUAAUAAACGCCAACAAAAUGCCCCUAAAUUAAAUUAAAACCCUGAUUGCUAUACACUGUCUAUACCACCACUAUCAAAAGAACAACUGUCCUAUGGCGACUCAAUUCUCUACAAAAACCACAACGACAGACGCCAACCAACAACAAUACUCUCCAAAUCGAACCUACUGUUGCUGCAUCCCUACUCGCUGGCGCAAAAUCCCUUCAUCAUCAGACGAACCCAGCAGCCACCAAUCAAACCCAGCUUUCUGGUCACGUGGAAUCACCGCUCUAAAGAAGCUUCGAGAAUGGUCGGAAAUCGUUGCUGGUCCAAAAUGGAAAACCUUCAUUCGCCGCUUCAAUUAUAACAAACAUUCUUCUUAUGCAAAAUAUCAGUAUGAUCCUCAAAGUUACGCUCUUAAUUUCGAUCAAGACCCCUUGCAAACUACCGAUCCUGAAACUGAAAACGAAUAUCUGAUUCGUAAUUUCUCCUCCCGAUAUGUUAUGCCGCCGUCUUCUGUUAUCGUUCCGGUUUCCGGUCCGAAUUUUGUGUGAUUUUACUUCCUUUUUAUUUUAUUUUACCUUUUUUUUAUUUUUAAUUUUAAUUUACAUAAUAAUAAUAAUAAUAAUAAUAAUAAUAAUAAUAAUAAUAAUAUCUUGAUUUUUAUUACUUCUAAUUGGUUAAAGCUGGAUGAUAUUGAUUUGCCAUUACAUUACAUUACAGAUGUUAAUGUACAUUUAUUUAGGCACAAGUUACUAGAAUUGAUGCA